AUGGUUCCAUUUUUGCCCGAUGCCCAAUAUCAGUACUUCCCAAUUGUGGCCACCUUUGUGGCAGGCUACGCUGUGAUCGUACUCGAGGAGCAGACCGAAAUUAACAAGGCUGCCACGGCGUUGAUCUUGGGAGUUCUUGUUUGGGUGCUGGUUGGAACCGGCGUAGACAUGACGGCUUCCGAGUUUGACUCGGCGAUAGCAGAAACCUUGCAAAAUGUCGCCGAAGUCGUGUUUUUCCUGCUCGGGGCUCUGACAAUCGUGGAAAUUAUGGAUGCUCACAAGGGUUUCGACAUCAUCACCCAGGCCAUCAAGGCCUCCAACCAGAGGGAGCUGCUGCUAACAAUCGGCACCCUCACCUUUCUCCUCUCUUCCGUGCUCAACAACUUGACUGUGGUUAUAGUAAUGGUCUCGCUGCUGCAGAGGUUAGUUGAGGACGAGGACUUCCGCAUGAAGCUCGGUGGCCUCGUUGUGGUGGCUUCGAAUGCAGGUGGGGCCUGGACUCCGAUUGGGGACAUUACCACCACCAUGCUCUACAUAGGCGGCCAGGUGACCACUGUGCCGUUGUUAGCAAACCUGUUCGCCCCUAGCUUCCUAUGUUUGGUGGGCGCCAUGGGCUACGAGCUCAUGGUGAUCGACGGCAGCAAGCCGUUCGAGAGGACAAAGGAGGUUGAGACAGAGCCCGUAAAAGGUCAAGCCUUGGUCUUCUGGGGAGGACUGCUUGGGAUGAUUGGAGUCCCGGUGUUCACCGCCUUUACCAAGUGCCCUGCCUGGAGUGGGAUGAUGCUAGUGCUCGGCCUCCUCGGCCUUGUCACCUCCUUGCUCCACGAGCCGAAUGACGAACGCUACUCGCUGAAGGGCGCACUUAAGCGUAUUGAGGUCCCUGAUGCGCUCUUCUUCCUGGGUGUCCUCUUUGCAGUGGGCGGGCUGGAGCGCGUGGGCCUCCUAAAGGAGUUUGCCGUGCAGCUCGGCCAGCUAGUGCCCGACGAGAGCCUCGUCGCAAUUUUCCUCGGCUUCGCUUCGGCCGUCGUGGACAACGUGCCCUUGGUUGCGGCGACUCAGGGAAUGUAUGACCUCUCUGCGCAUCCGGCAAAUGCUGGUCUCUGGAAUCUCAUCACCUAUUGUGCGGCAACAGGUGGCUCCCUGCUUGUGAUUGGCUCGGCCGCUGGCGUUGCCUUCAUGGGAAUGGAGAAGGAGGUGUCCUUCGGUUGGUACCUGCGAAGUGUUGCGCCUGCUGCGCUAGUGGGCUACUUGCUUGGAGUUGGAGGUGUCUUGGCGCAGCAGUCGCUGGGCUUCAGCGUGAGCCUCUUGUUCGCAAGUGCAGGGACACAGGAUUGGAAGGCGUGGAAGUAG